AUGACAGUCAUCAUCGACCACACUGCGUUCCCCGCCAUCGUCGAGAAGAUCAUUGACGCCGCCGACUUCGGCACCCAGCUCAAGUUUCGCGGUACGUCCAAGGCGUACUGCUCGCACGUCAACAAGAUCCAUUUCAAGCACCUCCUGGUGAGGAUGGGAGAGGGUCCGGACGAGUUCCUCAACGGUUCCGAGCUGCCGUGGAUCAGUGCCUCGGCCUCUGGACCUGCUCGACCGACUGUCCUCAACGCUACCGAGAUCGUAGACGUGUGCGUUCUCAGCCAUCUCAAGUGGCGGAUCGAGGUCCUCCGGCACUUGCCUUCGGCGCACACCAUCCGUCGUCUGGCCCUGAACUGCACCCUUUACCCGAUCACCCAUCUUGACAACCUGCACACUGUCGUUGACUUCGUGAACACCGUCGUCUCAGCGGAGGAGGGGGCCGCGAAUUUGGCCAUGAUCGACGUGUCGUACGACCUCGAGCACCAAAUCAUUCACCUCCGCUGGAAGGAUGACCGAAUUGUCCCGUAUCUCAUUUUCCAGGGCAACACCCAUGCGCCCAAGCUCCAGGAAGUUGUCAUCGCCCUCUGGCCGGUCAACACGGACGAGACACCGAAACCCGAGGUCCUAUGGUCGAUGGUCGUCGACUUCGCGGCCUACGUCAAGGGAUCCGUCGCUCUGAAGAUUGUCGGCAUGGAGAAGCUCGAUUUCGGAAGCAACAUUGGCCCUCACGACUUGGACCGCCGCACCGUUGCCUUCUUCAAGGGCAUUGCGAACCGACUUGGACCUUUUAGGAACCCUGCUCAGGUCCUGGAGAAGAUCACGGGGUUCAUCACCCUCCGCACCUUCGAGCAGUGGUGGCAGGAGCACGGCGAGCAUAAGGACAUCCAUGGCACAUGGAACCCGCUCUCUGAGGUCGAGGGUGUCGACGAUGAGGAAACCUCCUCUGGUGAGAUGGGUUUUAGUGAUGAUAGCCACGAUAACGACGAAGACUGGGUGACUGUGGGAACCAACUCUGACAACGAUUCCUUCAAUGGGAACUACGUCGAGGACGCCGCGGUCGCGGCGUGUAUUGCCGACUGGCGCCGCCCGCGCCCGUUCGAGCUUGACCCCGCGGUUGUACUCCGCGCUUAUGAUAAGAUCCGGUUCAUCACCCUCCACGAGUGGUGGGACGAGCUGGGCGACAUGAAGGACUUGGUCAUCGCCCACUGCUCCGUCGCAGGCCUGGUCGCCCUGCGCGGCGCAUCAAGGGAGUAUCAGGCCAUCGCCGACGCCAUCCUCUUCCAGCAUGUUGUGAUGCGCGAGCACCCCUACGGCGGCUGCUCGCUCGCGCUGCACGACUCCUCUCGCCUCGUCUCAGACCGCCCGCUGCCGCAGCUUCCGGAGAAAGCACGCACACUAGACAAGGUCACGGUCGCGACCGACGCCCCAGCAACAGUGAUCACGACGCACACGACGCUGCGACCGCACACGCUGCGCCGGUUCGGGGGGCACGUGCACAACGACAUCGAGACCGAGUACGCGGACGUCACGGUCGACUUCUUCCCCGCGUCCGAUAGCACCCAGGAGAUGGUCUGGGUGCCCUCCGGCACGCGGCGGUACGUCGUCCACUACGACUGGGAGUGGUGGGGGAUCCACAGCGACAACCGGGACAUCCGCGCUAGCGACGAGCUGAAGGAGGUGGUGCUUGUCCUCCCAGGCAACACUCAGCCGCGGAUAGACAUGGACGACGCGGUGUUUGGUAUCGGCGCCGAGCUCGCACGGCUCGCAUUGCGUGGUUCGAGCCUGACCAUUGUGGGGUUCGAGAAGUGGUACGAGGUCGCCUGGGACACGGUACACAUCCUCUGGGACGGCUUUAUCGAGCACGCGCGGCUGGACGUCGGGAACAUGCCGGAGCAGCUGGGUGCAGCGGAGAAACGCACGCGGUUGGUGUCGCUCGCGGAGUGGUGUGCCGAGCUUGGUGACCGCGUCGGGGUUGAUGGGCCAGUGGAGACGGAGGAGGGCACCAUGACCUGA